AUGGCAUCAGGAAACCUUCAAUGGGCAGCGCCUAAACCUUUGAAAUUAGACGGGAACGUCAGUGAAAACUUUCGCAAGUUUGAGGAGCACUGGACGCUCUUCGAGAAGACUGAGCUGAAAGGACGGUCUGAAGAGGAAAGAUGCUCAUACUUUCUUCUAUGCAUUGGAGAGAAAGGCCGAGAAGUUCACAAGACCUUGACGUUCGCAACGCCAGAAACAGAGACAAACCAAGAGGGGGCAACAACGUGGAAGAGAACAACAAACGAGCUAAAAUCAGCGUUUAAAACCUACUGUAACCCGAGAAAGAACAUUACGUUCGAACGACACAAAUUCAACAUACGGAAUCAAGACGAAAACGAAAGCAUCGACCAGUAUGUGACUGUUUUGCGCACUCUCGCAGCAACAUGUGAAUUUGAGACACUUCACGAUGGGCUAAUUCGUGACCGGAUAGUUUGUGGAAUUCGUAACCAAAGUAUUAAAGAACGUCUACUUCGUGAAUCCGAGUUAACUCUGCAGAAAACCUUGGAUAUAUGCCGAGCAUCCGAAGUAUCUCGCAAGCAAGUGAAGUCGCUAAGCGAUCAGAGUUCCGCCAAUGUCGACGCAUUGGGGAAAGACCAGCGAAAACACAAUUACAGAGGGAAUUUUCGCAACCACAACAUCAAACCGGAAAACGAAAAACCCCCAAACAAAUCCUGCGGUAAUUGUGGUCGAGUUCACGAGCUAAAAUCUUGCCCUGCAUAUGGGAAAAAGUGCAAUAACUGUCAAAAACUAGGACACUUUGCCAAACUAUGUCGAUCGCAAGCUAAAAACCCAAAGAAAUCGGUUCAUGAUGUAGAUUAUGAAAGCGACUCCUCGACGCACGGAAUUGAUAUGGUGAAGACAGCUGUGACAAGUGACAAUGACGAAGAACACGCAUCUCUUAAAAUUAACAACACGACAAUUCGCAUAAAACUCGACUCCGGAGCCGAGACAAACGUUCUAACAAAGAAAGAUUUCGAAGCCGCUGUUCCAAAACGACAACGUCGUAGCAAGCUCAAAACGAGCGCCGCAAAACUGACCGCUUUCGGGGGCCAUAACAUUCCUGUCAUCGGAAAAUGCUAUUUAAAGUGUCAAUACAAAGGAGCGACUGAAGUACUCGAGUUUCAAGUGGUCGAGACGGGCAAAUCCUUGCUCGGAUGUACAAACUGUAAAAGUAUGAAACUUAUAACAUUUCAUAACGUAGACCAGCUGCGCAACCAGCCAAUUAACGACGCGUCACCUCAAAGUUCACUAAACGGACUUACAAGUGAACAGAUAUUCGAGAAAUAUUCCAAAUGCUUUGACGGAUUAGGACGCAUAUCAGACCCUUAUCACAUUAAGAUUAACCCUGACGCAACGCCUGUUGUUCAUCCACCUCGUAAGCUUCCUUCAGCGUUGAGAGAUCGAGUCCAGAACGAACUACAAGAAAUGGAAUCCAGGGGAAUCAUUAAGAAAGUCAACGAGCCCACGGCAUGGGUAAACUCCAUGGUAGUUAACGAGAAACGCUCGGGAAAAUUACGUAUAUGCAUCGAUCCACGAGAUCUGAACAAAGCUCUGCGUAGAGAGCAUUACCAACUCCCCACACAGCAGGAGAUAACAAGCCGCCUGACAGACGCCAAAUUCUUCAGUAAACUGGAUGCGAACUCUGGAUUUUGGCAAAUGCCACUUGACGAAGAGAGCUCUUAUUUGACGACAUUUAAUACGCCAUUUGGUCGCUAUCGUUUUACUGUGAUACCAUUUGGUGUCGUGUUUGCACAAGAGGUGUUUCAUAAAACUGUCAACGAGAAAUUUCAUGAUUUACCCGGAUGCGAGACGGACAUCGAUGAUAUUUUGAUUUGGGGACGAACACUGGAAGAACAUGAUCAAAACCUUGAACGUGUCCUCAAUGGAGUGACAGAUAUCAAUAUGACACUUAGCAAAGACAAAUGUCAGUUUCGACAAACCAAGAUAACCUAUCUGGGAGAAACGCUUACGGCAAAUGGUGUCAAGCCUGACGAGACCAAAGUUGAAGCAAUCAAGAAUUACCCCAAACCUACGAACAAGCAUGACGUCCAACGACUGUUAGGCAUGGUCAAUUUUAUCGCCAAGUUUGCACCGAACAUUUCAGACGUCACCGCACCUCUGAGAGAACUCAUCAAGAAGAACGUUGCAUUCCACUGGCUCGAAACACACGAGAAAGCGUUUCGAGAUCUACAGCAUUCACUAACUGACCCUGCUACUCUGCGUUACUACGAUGUAGCAAAACCAGUGACACUCCAAGUCGACGCUUCACAAAACGGUCUUGGAGCUGCUCUAAUCCAAAACCAAGGUCCAGUAGCUUACGCAUCGAAAGCCAUGAACGACACACAACGACGCUACGCACAGAUCGAAAAGGAACUGCUGGCUGUUGUUUUCGCCUGCAAAAGAUUCCAUCAGUACGUUUAUGGUAAAACCAUUACUGUCGAAAGCGACCACAAGCCUCUGGAAGCUAUUCUCAAAAAACCCUUGUCACAAGCACCGAGUCGCCUCCAGAAAAUGUUAAUGCAGCUACAAGCCUACGACAUCAACUUGGUUUACAAGAAAGGAAGUGAAAUGUACAUCGCUGAUGCGCUGUCACGUGCAUUUCCUCCUGAGAUAAUACCAGAGCAAUUUGAAGAAGACAUAGCUUCGGAGCGAUUCAUCCAUCUGAUGUCAUCCGAGUCUUACGUCACUGACCGGAAACUCCAAGCCAUCAAAGAUGAAAUCCAUACAAACGAAACAAUGCAACUUUUGGUCAAACAGAUACAAGAUGGAUGGCCAGAUCAUAAGAUACUGGUUCCAAGUGAAGUACAACCGUACUACCCAUAUCGCCAAGAACUGACAACCGAAGGUGGGCUUAUCUACAAGGCCCAUAACAUCCUCAUUCCACCAUCAUUGCGAGCUGACACCCUCCAAAAACUCCACCAAUCACACCAAGGAAUUGAGAAGACAAAGAGAUUGGCUAGGGAGAGCAUAUUCUGGCCAGGUAUGAAUUCCCAGAUUGAAGAAUUAGUGUCGAACUGUUCCACAUGUCUUCAUCACGCUAGUGCCAACCAACGAGAACCACUUCAUCCACAUGAAAUUCCCAGUCGACCCUGGCAAAAAGUCGGCACUGAUCUUUUUGACUGGAAUGGAAAACCGCAUCUAAUAGUCGUUGACUAUUACAGCCGAUACCCCGAAGUUUCUGAACUUCGAAACACGAAAGCACGGACAGUCAUCAACAAGACAAAGUCCAUAUUCAGUCGACACGGAAUCCCAGAAAGUGUAGUCUCCGAUAACGGCCCACAGUACUCAUCCGAAGAGUACAAACAGUUCGCUAACGACUACAACUUCAUCCAUAACACUAUCAGCCCGAGAUACCCCCAGUCUGGUGGUCUACAUGAAAAGACAGUCCAAACAGUCAAGAACCUUCUUGAAAAAUGCAAAGUCGCCAAUCAAGACCCAUAUCUCGCGUUGUUAGAUUACCGCAACACCCCUAUAGAUGGCGUCACCCCAGCACAAGCCCUAAUGAGCAGACGACUCCGCUCACCCCUUCCCAUAUCCCAAAGAAAGCUUAAUCCAAAACCUGUCAACAGAACCACUUUCCACGCAGCACGUCAACAACAGCAACAACAACAGAGAAAACACUAUGACCGCACUGCUAAGUCUCUGCCACCAUUAGAAAAAGGUGAUGCAGUGAGAUUUAAGAAAGAUCCUCAAGCAGCAUGGACCCGUGGGACGGUGAUACGAAAGCACGAAGCACCACGAAGCUACGUAAUAAAGGGUGAGAACGGAACGGAAUAUCGACGGAAUCGCAGACAUCUACGAAAGACUAGAGAACAUCAAGCUGACCUAGACACACCGGAUAUUGACGAUCCCCAAGACCCGAUCCCACAACCAACAACCAAUGCAGAAAGAAACAACAUCCAAAUCCCAAUAGCGCCAAACCUACCCCAACUGAAGACAAGCCGUUAUGGCAGACGGAUAAACCAGAAUCCGAACUACAAGACGUGA